CUUCUCACUAGCUUCUGUGGUGGAGUGGUGAAACAAAAUACAAACUACAGGAUAACAAAAUGGCUCAAAUGGAUGCAGAGUUUGGUGUGAAGGGCAACAGCUUCAUCAGGGAAUGGAGUGGACAGGUCCAGCCUGCUCUGGUCGCCUCCUUUGUUUUCCUUUUCUGCCUGGAAGCCUGUCUGUGGGUCAGGAACUUCAGGCUCAAGAGAAGACUGCCGGGACCCUUUGCCUGGCCCGUGGUCGGCAACGCCAUGCAGCUGGGCCAGAUGCCUCACAUCACCUUUGCCAAGCUAGCCAAAAAAUAUGGCAAUGUGUACCAGAUACGGCUGGGCUGCAGCGACAUUGUGGUUCUGAAUGGAGACAGGGCGAUACGUGAGGCUCUCAUACUGCACAGCACAGAGUUUGCUGGCAGACCAAACUUUGUCUCUUUUCAGGCUGUCUCAGGGGGGAAAAGUAUGACUUUCACUAAUUACAGCAAACAGUGGAAGAUGCACAGGAAAAUUGCUCAAUCAACGAUCAGAGCAUUCUCAUCUGCCAACAGCCAGACCAAAAAAGCCUUUGAGCAGCAAGUUGUGGCUGAAGCCACAGAGCUAGUUGAGAUUUUCCUCAAACUCAGUGCUCAGGGCCAGUAUUUCAACCCUGCUCAUGAGCUGACAGUAGCUGCAGCGAAUGUGAUCUGUGCCUUGUGCUUUGGAAAACGUUAUGGACAUGAUGAUGUUGAGUUUAGAGCCUUGUUACAGAAGUUAGAUAAGUUUGGCGAGACAAUAGGGGCUGGCAGCUUGGUGGAUGUAAUGCCAUGGCUUCAGUCUUUCCCUAAUCCAGUCCGCAGCAUGUUCAAUAACUUCAAAGACCUGAAUCAAGAGUUCUUUGGGUUUGUCCACAACAAGGUGGAGGAGCACAGAGACACAUUUGAUCCAGAGGUAACAAGGGAUAUGAGUGAUGCCAUUAUUGGCGUGAUUGACAAGGUUGACAGUGACAAUGGCCUCACCAAAGGCCACACAGAGGGUACGGUGUCAGAUCUGAUUGGUGCAGGUCUGGAUACCGUCUCCACCGCUAUUCAUUGGAUUCUCCUUCUGCUGGCUAAACACCCUGAGAUACAAACCAAACUCCAUGAGCUCCUUGACAAAGUGGUGGGGAGAAACAGGCUGCCAUCUGUUGAUGACAGAAGCAGCCUGGCUUACCUGGAUGCAUUCAUCUACGAAACCAUGCGCUUCACUAGCUUUGUCCCCAUCACCAUCCCCCACUCCACAACCUCAGACGUCACCAUCGAAGGUCUCCACAUCCCCAAAGACACGGUGGUCUUUAUCAAUCAGUGGUCCGUCAAUCACGACCCCCUGAAGUGGAAGGAUCCACAUAUCUUUGACCCCUUGCGCUUCCUGGAUGAAAAGGGCUCCCUAGACAAGGAUCUCACAAACAACGUUAUGAUCUUUUCUGCAGGGAAGAGAAGAUGUAUUGGGAACCAGAUUGCCAAAGUUGAAAUAUUUUUGUUCUUUGCAAUUCUACUCCAUCAAUGUAGCUUUGAGAAAAGUGCUCACGAGGACCUGUCUUUAAACUGUACCUAUGGUUUAACACUAAAGCCUUUAAAUUACAAGAUUACUGCCACACUCAGGGGAGAAUUACUUAAAGGCUAAUACAAGUGUUGUAAAACUGGUUAUCCAAUAAAGAACAGCAAUGCAAUAUAAGGUAUGUGUUCUAAAAUAAAUAUAUAUGCCUUGUAUCACAGAUGAAUUGUCUGUAAUAAGCUUUAACUAACCCAAAGUAUGCAAAUGAUAAGCUUUCUUACUUCUACUGACAUUUAUUAUUUAAAUUGUGACUGACAAGCAAUAUAAUCAUUCACUUUGUUACAAGUUGCCAGUUAAUGUAUUAAAAGUAAAACUUUGAAAAACUGUGACUGACUGAGAAAAUCUAAAUAUAUCUGGCUCUGUCACAGAAGAAAAUGUAAUGAAAGCUUUUGAUUUGUUUGCCCAAAACCACAAUUCAUAAUAAACCUUAAGUAUGUAUUGUUAUUUAUAUGAGGGUAAUCAGCAGAAUCACCCUAAAUAGCAAUAUAAACUGGUGGUGAUGACUGAUUUUCACUUUAAGCAUUUUGUGUUUCUCGCUGAUGGGGAGAAAUCACAUGCCAGCUGUGUGGUCUCAACAGAGCAGUAAUUUACCCAGACUCAUUUAUCUUCCCAUGUGUUGACCUUUUUAAUGUUUGAGCUUAAUACAAAUACAGUGUACAAGUCAUUUACAGUCACAUGCUCUUAAAUCAUGCAUAAUACUGUUGUAUUCUGAUAACUCACAUGUAUUAUAUGUUGAAAUCCUUAUAGAACAUGCUAUAGGCUAUUACGGCACACUGCAUUGUCUCUGAAUAACAAGCUGUGUAGAAUAUCUAAAUAAUGUUUUGCAUAAUGAACAUCACCCAGUGUGAUACACUCUGUACUUUACAAUGUACAAUAAACAAUUUGUAUGGAUUUCUAACUGAA